CGUGUUCCACCCUCACACAUCAACGGCAUCGUGCAAAUAAACAUACACGCGCGCACACACGCGUACGCACGUUUCUGCAACCCUCUAUUUUUGUGUGUGUGUGUGUGUGCACCGGGAACCGGGCGCCUCAUAAACGGUCGUGGAUUAUGAUGCCAGCGGACUAUCGGCCUCUCCUUCGGCUCCAGCUGUGAAAAUAGAACCGAAAUCGCAUGCUUGUCUCUCUCUCUCUCCUCCCUCUCUCCUCUCUCUCUCUCUCCAGUUUUAUUUGUAAUUUGGUUCCCGGUUACUUCUGAGCACCGAUAGACCGCCGAGACGCAAAGAACACGUUCAAUGCCGGUGGAACAUGUCCUAUGUUCCCUUUCAAGAUGCAAGGUGUGCCGUCCCCCCCUCCUACCAUCAUCACCAUCACCGCGCCCUGGCCCGCUCCUUCCAGGCUCCCUCCUACAACCGUCCCGCCUACGACCGGGCCUCCAGCGACCAUCCCGCCUACGACCGCCCCCCCCUCAGCCGCCCCCCCCUCAGCCGCCCCUCCUUCAGCCGUCCCUCCUUCAGCCGUCCCUCCUUCGACCGCCCCUCCUUUGACCGUCCUUCCUUCGACCGUCCCUCCUUCAAGCUUCCCUCACACGAGCGCCCCAUCUACGAGCGCCCCGUCCACGAGCGCCCCCCCCAGGACCAGUGGAACCCCCAUCUCAGUGUGAACGCCGGAAAUCCGAUCUACAUGUUGGACCAGGAGGAGGUACACCCUUUGCUGAUGCGCGAGAGGCGCUCGGAGUCUCACAGGAACAAGCUACUGCGGCGGACAGUCAGCGUUCCUGUGGAGGGCAGGCACCAUCCCGAGAUGGACCAUCGCGCCCGGCGGAAGAGCAUAGCCACUGGGAAGCAGCCCAGCAUGGAGGUCCCUCCCACUGCCCCAAUUCAACCCUUCCGACAAUCCAGUUUCCUCAGCAGAAGGUUGAAGGGCUCGAUCAAGAGGGCAAAGAGUCAGCCCAAACUGGACCGAACCAGCAGUUUCCGCCACAUGAUCCUCCCCCGCUUCCGCAGUGCCGACCAGGACAGGACCCGUUUGAUGCAGAGCUUCAAAGAGUCCCACUCCCACGAGUCCCUGCUGUCCCCCAGCAGCGCCGCCGAGGCGCUGGACCUCACCCUGGACGAGGACGCCAUCAUCAAACCCGUCCACUCCAGCAUCCUGGGACAAGAGUACUGCUUCGAGGUGACCACGGCGUCGGGAACCAAGUGCUUUGCGUGUCGCUCGGCCGCAGAGAGAGACAAAUGGAUCGAGAACCUGCAGAGAGCUGUCAAGCCCAACAAGGACAACAGCCGAAGGGUGGACAACGUGCUCAAACUGUGGAUCAUCGAGGCCCGCGAGCUUCCAGCCAAGAAGCGCUACUACUGCGAGCUGUGCCUGGACGACAUGCUGUACGCGCGCACCACCAGCAAGCCCCGCACGGACACCGUGUUCUGGGGCGAGCACUUCGAAUUCAACAACCUGCCAGCCGUCCGCAACCUGCGCCUUCACCUGUACAAGGAGACGGACAAGAAGAGACGCAAGGAAAAGAGCACAUACUUGGGGCUCGUCAGCAUCCCCAUCUCGAGCAUCACCGGGCGUCAGUUUGUGGAGCAGUGGUACCCGGUCAUCCAGCCCAGCGUGCUCACUAAGGGAGCUGGAGGCGGCGGGGGGAAGAUCAUCAACGCAUCCCUGCGCCUCAAGUCCCGCUUCCAGACCAUGAACAUCCUUCCCAUGGAGCUGUACAAGGAGUUCGCGGAGUACGUCACCAAUAACUACCGCACCCUGUGUGCUGUGCUGGAGCCCGUGCUCAGCGUCAAGAGCAAAGAGGAAGUGGCCUGCGCGUUGGUGCACAUUCUGCAAAGCACCGGGAAAGCAAAGGACUUCCUGUCAGACAUGGCGAUGUGCGAGGUCGACCGAUUCAUGGACCGAGAGCACCUCAUAUUCAGAGAGAACACUCUGGCCACGAAAGCCAUAGAAGAGUACCUCAAGCUGAUCGGACACAAGUACCUCAAGGACGCCAUAGGGGAGUUCAUAAGGGCCUUGUAUGAGUCAGAGGAAAAUUGCGAAGUGGACCCCAUGAGAACCCCCCCCUCCGUGCUCCCAGACCACCAAGCCAAUCUCCGCAUGUGCUGCGAGCUGGCGCUCUGCAAGAUCGUCAACUCCCAUUGCGUGUUCCCUCGAGAGCUGAAGGAGGUCUUUGCCUCCUGGCGAGUGCGCUGCGCCGAGAGAGGCCGGGAAGACAUCGCCGACCGGCUCAUCAGCGGCUCCCUCUUCCUGCGCUUCCUGUGUCCGGCCAUCAUGUCCCCCUCGCUCUUCAACCUCACGCAGGAGUACCCCGACGAGCAGACGUCCCGCACGCUCACCCUCAUCGCCAAAGUGGUGCAGAACCUGGCGAACUUCUCCAAGUUUGGCAAUAAAGAGGACUACAUGUGUUUCAUGAACGAGUUUUUGGAGAUGGAGUGGGGCUCCAUGCAGCAGUUCCUCUACGAGAUCUCCAACCUCGACAGCGUCAGCAACGCGGGCGGCUUCGAGGGCUACAUCGACCUGGGCAGGGAGCUGUCCAUCCUCCACAGUCUCCUCUGGGAGGUCAUCGCUCAGCUCAGCAAGCAAAACUCAGCCAAAAUGGUUUUCUUUGAACCACAGGAUGCCAUCAUCAAACUGGGUCCUUUGCCCCGCCUCCUGAAUGACAUCAGCAUGGCCCUGCGCAACCCGCACCUGCAGAGGCAGCCCAGCCACCAGACCGACCGGGUGCAGGAGAGGCAGGCAGACAGGCUGCUGUCACGGCCGAGCUUCAACAGGGGAAUAUCCUCCGAGUUCCAAAAUCUCAUGAUGAGGGAUCUAAAUAGCUCUAUAGAUAUCACUCGCUUGCCUUCCCCCACCUCCACCGGAGGGGUCAUGCCAUCCCGCUCCCAGAUGAAUUUUCAGGACCGCGACCACCUCCAACGAGCGUCCUCCAAAGACAUGUUUUACGUAUCGCGCCCUCCCCUGGCCCGAUCCAGCCCGGCCUACUGCACGAGCAGCUCGGACAUCACGGAACCAGACCCUAAGGCCUCCAUCGCCGGCAUGGGCAGCUUCGGAGGGCUGAGCAGCGGAGGCGGUGGCGGCCUGGGGUCGGGCCUGAGCAGCCAGCUGCGGGCCGGUGGGAGGUUGUCAGCUGGCUCUGGCGGCUCCAGCAUGUCCGGCGGCCUUCGGCUGAGCCAGCUGAGCCAGAUGGGCAACACCACCGACUCGCUAUCCCAGCAGCAGCAACAGCAGGCCGCCGCCAUGCGCUACCCGCUUUCCUUCCAGAAUCCCCUCUUUCACCUGGCGACCGCGGACGGGCCUCAGCAGCAACAGCUUCACCACCAGCACAGCCGGGCCCAACCUCCGGCGCCACUGCUGCUGACCCCGGAGCCCGACCCCUCUCACCCGACCUACAUGCCGCAGUUCGCCCACGGGGGGUUCUCUCGCAGCGAGGACCUGUCCACCCUCAGGACCAGGGACGGUCACCUGGGACAGCCGAGCAUCAUCCACUCCCACAGCUACAGCGACGACUACAGCCGGGCCGAGUACGGACGCCGGCAGACGUCCAUGAACAUGCAGGAUAACCUCCAACAGCAACAACAAAUGAUGGGCAUGACCUCCCAGACAGGAACCUCCCACUCCUCGCUGGCCGCCACGCCCCCCUCCACGGUCCUACCCGUGCGCCAGAGUUCAGUUGCCCCGCCCCCGCCUCGCGUCAAGUCCCAGACGUCCCACCAGCUGUCCGUCAGCGCUGCCGCCGCGCCGGCCGCUCUGGCCAAGACGCGACCGCCGAGCGCCAACCUCCUCCAGUCGCCGGAGUCCGGCUACGGCGGCAGGCAGCACGGGGCGCGGCAGCUGUCGGUCAAAGACAACACGGCCCCGGGCCUCCCCCACCAGCAGAGCUCCGCCAGGGAGAGCCAGAGUCCGCAGGGGACCACCGGUCAGAGCGCUCAGCAGUCGCCGCAGCAACAGGCUCAGCAGCACCUCCUCAAACCCAGCAUGAGCAAACAGGGCUCCCAGACUCCGUCCACGCUGAAUCCUCCGACCCCGGCCAACGAGCGCACGGUGGCCUGGGUCUCCAACAUGCCUCACCUGUCGGCCGACAUUGAAAGUUCGCGGAUUGACCGAGAGGAGUUCAAGCUGAAGGAGUACUCGAAGAGCAUGGACGAGUCGCGCAUGGACAGGGUAAAGGAGUAUGAGGAAGAGAUCAACUCCCUGAAGGACCGCCUGGUGAUGUCCCACAAGAAGCUGGAGGAAUAUGAGCGGAGGCUCCUCACGCAGGAGCAGCAGACCAAUAAGAUCCUCCUACAGUACCAGAAUCGACUUGACGACAGUGAGAGGAAGCUACGACAACAGCAAGUGGAGAAAGACUCCCAAAUUAAAGGAAUAAUUAGCAGACUCAUGGCCGUGGAGGAUGAAAUAAGGGGACCGCCCGUGAUUGAGCCCAAAACCAGGAUUUUCGCUGAUCAGGGGAGGCGUCAGUCCAUCCUAGUGCAGCCCCGUCUCGCGCCCGUCCCACCGCGAGUAACCAGCCACUCUCAAAGCUUCAUGGAGGACAAUGUGGAACGUAAUUGGCUGAUGCACCAUCGGCAGUCCGCGGGGUGGCGCGGCCAAAUGUCCAGAGCCCUCUCUCGUGACGCGAUUGGCUGACAAAGGGAGAACUUGGGCCUUUGGUCCCAGUCCCUUUGCUCAAAGGAGGGUGCAGAGCCCCAGCGGACCAUGUAAGGAAAUGCGGGGUUGUGUCUUCUUUUUCUUUUUAUCACUUUUUUUUUACUUAACUUGGGCUCUCUCUCUCUCUCUGAUUUGAGUUUUUUUUUUUUUGGUUAUGUGUUUGGCGCCUCCUUGUUGGAUCUACAUUUUACUUUUAAAAAGGUAGGCUGGACACAUAACAGCAUGCAAAGAACAGCUAUGCAGUCUGAUCCGCAGAACGGAGGGACGCAAAAGGCCGAGGGAGGCGAGAUGCCUGAUAUGAGAGAGGGGGGAGGUUUAUUGUGGGUAAGAUGAAUUUCAAAGGUGCUUGACUUCUCUUAAAAUGUCAGUCAAAGCUGAUUUACUUUUAGGGCAUUUAUUUCUCUUCUUCCCUCUUUCCUUACUCUCUCUCUCUUAUAGUCUUUUUAAAUUACCCUUCGAUUCCUCUUCAUCUACUCAAUCUGUAUCUAUCUAGGAUUCUCAGAGCAUUAUUUAACCUCUUCAUUUUUACUCAGACAAACGUGAUCUCUUUCUCGUUUCAUAGUUCUAGUCCUUCCGUUUGAAUCUCUUUGGGACUUUGAUUUUAAAGGAAACCUAAAUAUGCACAGCCUAUAACAACAAGUGAAACUGCUUCAGAAACAAAACUCUUGCUUCAGUCAAGACUUUGAAAAACCUGACCGAAUGUUAUCAUUUAUAUUUCUAUGAUACUGCUUAUUCUUACAAUAGUAUUAAACAAGAAAACUCUUCAUCAGAAAUCUUCCCGGAGCAGAUAUUUAUUUCUUGAUAUAGAUAGAUGCCUCUAUCUAAUGGAAGUUCAUCAAUAAUCCAUUUUAUAUGAACCCAGUUUUCUUACUGCGACAAUCUUGUGGAGAGAAUCAUUGCCCUGAAGGACUGUGACGGAAGGGACAAACUUGUGUUUUACCUACUCCCCUUACAGCAGUUUGCACGUCGCUGUGACCUUUGACCCCCCCCCCCUUACCCCUUCCUCUUGGUUAUAAUCAUUCAAAACAAACAAAAAAGAGAAAAAAGUGGGCCGAUGUUUCUCGCCCAGCGGUCGCCAUGGAGCUCUCCUUUUGACGGACGGCGUGAAGGUCUUUGGACGGGGACUUCGUUUUGUACUCCACUCUUCAGCGGCUCCGCUGGAAUUUCCACCGAGCGGCGGAUGAACUCUUGGUUUCAGUCUUUUUUGCUGUAAAACUCCCCAUUCACUCGGAUGGAUGGGACCCCCCCCCCCUCACUGACACGGUCGAGAUCCCCGGCGUUUCUUGACAACGACGCAGAGAGAGAUAUGUUAGAGGUCCUGCUGAAAACGAGCGAAUGUGUUUGUACAUAAGUGCGUGUCCCGGCUAUACCUUUGUGUACAUACUGGAUAAAUGUGUAUAUAUGGUACGUCUACGUGUAUAUACAGCUUGUUUGUACAUGCAGAGUGUACAGUUAUUUUUCCUCUAAUGUUUCUCUCUCUUUCUAUGAAUAGGUCUUCUCAAGUUACCAAUACUGAGGCGGGGAAAGGUUUUUAAUCGUUCUGAGCUGACAGAGGCACUUUGUGUUCGGCCUGAGAAUAUCAGCCAGGUCCGUCACUUCUAGCCGCGUUCUUGGAGCUCCCAUACAGGAAGUAACUCGCGUAAUCUUAAGCUUGCACUCAUUUUCUGACCAACGAAAGCUUUUCUAAGUGGAUUUGGGUGACCGAGCAAAUGUUUGUACAUAUUUAGACUAAGACGAUUCGUUUCCAAACACCACCAUCUGCAUUUCUUUUUAAACUUCUCAACCUGUCUUGAGUUCUGCGUAUCGGACUUCUCACCUUAGGUUCCUAUGGUAUAUGUUUGCAACGGUUGUCCUUCAGAGUUAUAUAUUUAUUCCGACAACCCUUAUAUAUUUCUUGAAAUUCUUGUUCCCCAAAUUCUGCCUCUCAUGGAGCCUUCUGACCUUUUUUUUAAGAUGCGUUCAGACUGGCAAACCCUUCCAUGAAAGUACACCGACGUUACUUCACCCUGCUUGUUUUUGUAUAGGUCCUUACUAAAUAAGCGUGCCUCCCACUCUUACUAACCUUAGAUCCAUUAACUUCUCUGGUCCCUCAUCUUCAUACCCCUUGACAAGCCAUAGCCCCCCCCCACCCCCCCAAACUCCUCUACCGUUGUUUUGACAGGACAGACAUUUGGGGAUUUUGUGUAUAUUAAUGGAAGAGUGGUGUUGACGAGUGUAUUGCAGUCGUAUAUGGAGUUCUAAUGAAUGUGGAUAUUCUGAUCAUUGAAUUAUUAUUGUAAUAAUGAUAAUAAUUAUUGCCACUAUGAUUUCGUUGAUUAAUUCCUUUGAUGAAGAUGCCAUUGUUCCCUUCUUUUCAUUUUUUCAUUUUGUUUUGGAAUACACCGGAAUUUAUAUUUUUCGGGUGGGUGAAUCUGGAGGUAGAAAUACGUAAAUAAAUAAAUAAACAAAUAAUUAAAUUCUUAA